AUGAAUAUGAAUGAAGGAAAGAAGAAUAUUAUAAAAAUUUGCAGUAAUAACUUCACCAAGGUGCUUAUUUUCAUAUUAUUAGGAUGGUUUUCUAUAACAUUAAUCAUAGCGUUAUUGCCAGAAGAUAUGUGA